AUGGCAGCACCGUUCGAUGCGGCCCAGCUGGACGAGAGCGAGAAAAAUGUCUUGAAUAUUGCCAUCGACGGCCGAACACGAAUUCGGCCAUCGGUCCACCUGGAAGCCAUGGGCAGCAGGUUCCUCAGCUUCAUCCAGGUAGAGCACCCCAUCAAGGAGAUUCUCGAGAGCGACAACCUCACAGCCUUAUGCGCGCUUGGCCAGAAGUACGCACAUACAUAUUGGGAAACGUUCAAGAUAACGAUCUAG